AUGGACAGGGAGGAAGACGAUCCCGUCGUCGCCGAUUACGAUGUCUUCAUCACGCCUGAAAUGAGCGAGCAGCUCUACAUCCUGCAGUACAUGAACCGUCCGCCAGACCAGCCCUUUACUCGAGCUACAGGGUGCCACCCGACCGAGCUGCGUUACAAGGAGCAGUCUGGAUUCAUCGAGGUCGAUGUUCCGAUCAAUAUUCGCCAGCACUACAACCGGCCCAUGGGUGUCAAGUGGGGUGAAGCUCUGCGCAAGACGAAAGGCUUCGGUCAGAAGGCCUAUGGCAUUGCAUCGGGUUUCGAGCGAGCUAUGCCGCGCAUGAACAGGCCGGGUGCUGCCGCCGACGGGCCGUCAGCACCGGCCGUCGCCGAAGAGGACGACAACGUCGAUGAAUACGUCGCUCAUUUUGAGGAUGCGAACGAGAAGGGUCAUGUGCUGAACACUCAGACCUUUGGCGGACAGGUCGUGAAGGAUGACGGCAAAGGCCCCAACUACAUGCUGGGGACCUUUCGAGAAAACCAACUGCAUCUCACGAGGCUCCAUGGCCUGGUCCAAUUGCGAACGCAGUUCCACCACAUUGAUGCCACAGCCCACCUGGACGCGGUCAAUCGCCGGCGCGAGAAGGAGUCACAAGAAGGCGCGAAGCCUACCGAACCGAAGGCCUUUCUCCCUACCGUGAAGAAGGCCGGCGGAGACACAUCGGCAGAGCUUACUCAGGCAUUCAUGAAAGCUGCUAACCAAGAGAAAUGGAACAAGCUGCAGUACUCCGACGAAGACUCUGAGACUGCGUACGAAGCAUAUAGUGAGCGCCUGUUCUUGGAGAAUACGUCCGCUGCCCCGAAGCUACAUGCGAACAUGAACAACAGCCAAUACCUCGACGCCAUCAGUGCUCCCUCGAGCGGCAAAGGAAUGAAGAAGAAGUCGGCCCACAAGCGACACGAAGACCUAGUCGAGAUCUCGGACGAGUCGGACGCCCCAGAGGAGGAGGAGGAGCCACGCGUAAGUUAA